AUGUUUGAUUAUCCCUGGGACGAAGCUACACUGUCCAUCCUUGGGAAAGGUGCCACCGCGAUCAUCGAGUCCGCAGAAAUCCAUGGGCUUGCCGGGAUUCUCGAAACCUUCUUCGAGACGUUCACAGGAGGCGGGACACAUCAAGGUCGAGGUCGCCAUGCGGGCAUCGACAACCUCGUCACGCAAAUCCGAGCCAGCGCGUACCAGGAUGCUUUAGGUAUCUAUAACGCAAUGACGACGGAGAUUGCCCCUAGCCAGCAGAGUGUGUUGCAGCUCGUGUACAAGCCCCUCCUGGAUAGGAACUUGGGCGCGCUCGACCUCUAUUAUGGCAUGGUCAAAUCGUUCUCGACCAAGCGCCUGCUCGUCACGCAGACCGUGGCGACCCUCCUGACGUUCGCAGCAAAGGCGUCCAAGGACGUCGCGUUACAGAGCCUCGCGGACGCCGUCUUGGUCUUGGGCAGCGCUGUGAAGUGA